AUGGAUAUCUUUAAAGCUUUUCUCGGCCAAAAGCCUUCCCAGGCGCCUAUCGUCGCCGAUGAUGCAGAUUUCGCAGAUUUCGCAGCUGCGCCUGCGCCUUCACCGGCCUCGAUCCCUGCCUCUCCCGCCGAUGCGCAAGCAGCUACUGCAACGGGUGCUGCCGUCGAAGGUCGCCCAGUCGUUUACACGAAAUGGUACCGCGUGUGGGAACGAACCCAGCUGUCCGACUUCAUGAUGGAAGGUGUCCUUGUCCCUUUUAUCCUCUUGGCGCUCUUGGUACAUUUCUGGGGGACAAGGACAAACCGUCGCAAAGCGAAGAAAUGGAUGGCUGUCCAUGCUCCUGUUUUGGAGCGGGAGUUUGCAGUCGUGGGAUACAGUGCAGUCCCAAAUACUGAAUCUACUGGGGAAGGUGGAGUGUCCCCCGUGGACGCCAGCUUCUUUAAGCAGAUUGUGCAGAACAAGGGAGAUAGCAUCUCGGAUGAUCUGCUGAAGGAGAAGGCCGCAUGGGAGUACGAGUCGUACGCGACCGGACGACAAAAUGUGGCGUUUAUGGAUGUCAAGAUCUACCUGAAGAGACGCAUGAACCCCUUUAUGAUGCUGGCGGAAGAAAUCACGGGCAUGUUCAUCGAGUCGAUCAAACCCAAACCCGAACGGAUGGAAGCCGUUAUCUAUACCUUUGACGGCAAAGAGAAAGAAUUCGUCCCCCCAGCGGUCCCUGGCUCCGAGGAAGCAGGCAAGGCAAAAUCUGUGGGGAAUUCGACCUACGACCCGUUCGUCUUCGCCGUGGUCAACAAGUUGGCGAUGCGCAAACUCCGCGAGGAACGCUACGACCUCUCCCUCACAUUCACCAAGGACCACGCCAAACUCCCCGACUGGGCUACUUGCAUGAGCGAAUCGGCAGAAAUCAGUGACUGGAUGCUCACCAAAGAACUCAUCGACGCUCUUCACCAAGCUGGGCCCGACUACUUCCAGUACCUCAUCAUCACGGAUCAGCCGCAGGACAAACCCAGCAACUUGAACGAAACGGUUCCGAAAAAGCGCCUGCACAUCUCGCUUCGUCUGCCUUCUGACGGCAACUACCUCCCGACCCUGCCUCUGUUCGCAGUCUUCCUCCGCCUGCCCGAUUACCUCGUCUCGCAAUCCCACCUCCGACCCGAAGUCCUCAGGAAGAUCAACACGAUUCGCGAGCAAGAAAAGAGCAAGCUCAAGAAGAUUUCGGACAAGGAGGCGGAGGAGGAGAGAUUGAGACAAUUGGAUAAGAUGAAGAAGGAAGAAAGAGAACGGAAGAUGAAGGGCAUGAGUGCCGAAGAGCAGAGGAAAUUUCUGGAGAGAGAGAACGAGAAGAUGCGCAAGAAGCAGGAGAAGAAGAUGACGAGGAGAGGCUGA